AUGGCGUUUCGCUUGCCCACAUUCAAAGUGAGGCUGUGGAGGAAGCUCAGCAUCGCCACUGUCAUAGUCGUCUUUCUCUUGACAUUUUUGCUGCUCGGCCAAGGCUUCGUUGCCGACGACACGGCCCAUCCUCCCAGCUAUCUGCAGCAGCACCCCAAAUCACCACGAUGCAGUAGCCGAAAUCUGACUGCCGCGGCAGAGGCAUGGAGGCGGACGGAGGACCGGUACAAGGACCUGAUCGAGGACAAAUUCACCGUUGCCCUCUCGACCUUUCACCGUCCAAAGGAACUCGACCACACGCUUGGCACGCUGCUGUCCGUGUACAUACCCUCUCUCUACGAAAUCGUCGUCGUCUGGAACAACCUGGACCAGGAGCCGCCCAAAGACUUCAUCUCAUCACAUGGCGUUCCCGUUCGCUACCGCGUGCCGUCGCGCGACAGCCUCAACGAGAAGCUGCGGCCCGACCCGACCUACCGCACAAAGGCGAUCCUCUUAUCCGACGACGACGUCUACUACCGGCCGUCCGACCUAGACUACGUGUUCCAGAUGUGGCGCCAGUUUGGCCAGGACAGGCUCGUCGGCGCACUCGCGCGCUGUGCCUCGCUCGACCGUCGCGGCCAGUGGCAGUACCACUUUUGCUAUAGGGGCGAAGGCGCGGGCGCAUACUCCAUCGUCCUGACCAAUCUCGCCUUUGCGCACAUUGGCUUUCUCGACUACUACUUCUCAGACGCGCCCGAGGCCGUCAGUGUACGCGACCAUGUCGACGCUCAGUUCAACUGCGAAGACAUCGGGCUCAACGCCCUGGCGUCGAUGCUGACGCGCCGCGGGCCCCUCCUCGUGCGCGGCAGCGAGCAAUGGGUUAAUCUGUCGCCACCGAGCGGCAUCAGUCGGAACCCGCAUCAUCUAGAGACGCGCAGCGCGUGCCUUAACCGCUUUGCCGAGGCUAUUGGAUGCAUGCCCCUGGUGGACGAGAUGGGCAGAGUAGAGAGGGGCUAUAAGCACAAUGUGUGGUACAAGUCGUUUUGGGACAGGCUGGGGACCUAA